CGGAACAAUCUUGUAUCGUCAGCACAUCGCUGCAAACGACGAUAAAGCUCAACAGUAAUGCUAGCAUCUGAAAGGGUCGGAUGCCAUACUCUUGACUGUAUUCGUAAGUCGUGACAGCGUAUACUAAUGUACAGAAGGCUUUCCCCGCUCCUGGCGCACUCUCACCCACCGUCUCUCUGCUAUCUCGAAGGCAGUGAGCACUCAACAUCCGCACAAAAUCUACUCCCCCUGAGCUUCCAUCUCUUCGUCAAGGCACUGAACAAAGACGGUCACUUGGCCAUAUACUAUGAGAAACGACCCGCAUCUCGAGGUUCUCGUCAUCAUCACAACGCUCGCUCUACUUUGGCACAGUCUUGCGGAGCACGUCAUCCAUCCUUUAUCAUAUGCUUGUUUCAAACGUGUUCAGCCAUGCUUCUCCCAUCGUCGAAGCACAAGAGCUUGCGUAUAAGGGUGCGUGGUAUCGAUGGCUCAAGC